AUGAGACGGAUUGCUGCUCUUGGCUUGGAGUCACCUGCCAUCCCAUCUCUGGUCACGUGCCUCACACACCUCAACUUAUCUGGUUCUUACUUUCAAGGUGAAAUUCCUUCUCAAAUCUCAUACCUUUCCAAAUUAGCCUCACUGGAUCUUUCUUUUAACCCUCAGUUGAAGUGGAAAGAAGACACUUGGAAGAGGCUACUCCAAAAUGCAACAGAUUUAAGGGAGCUCGUUUUGGAUUAUACAGACAUGUCUUCGGUUUCAAUCAACAUAUUCAACUUGUCUUCGUCAUUAGUUACUCUUGGUCUUCGAGGGACUUGGCCAAGAGGAAACCUGACAAAUGACAUUUUUUGUUUACCAAAAUUUCAACACUUAUAUCUUUCAGAUAAUGAGUACCUUCAAAGCCAACUUCCACAAGUUAAUUGUCGAAAUAGUUCUCUUAGUAUCUUAGAUCUUUCAAAUUCUCGUUUCCAGGGGUCAAUCCCUCCCUCACUCUCGAACCUCACACAUCUUACUUAUCUGGAUCUCUCAUUUAACUCUCUCAACGGUUCAAUCCCAUCUUCACUUCUAACCCUUCCACGUCUAACUUUUCUCAAUCUCAAUGGUAAUCAUCUCAGUGGUCAAAUCCCAAAUGUCUUUCCUCAGUCAAACAGAUUUGAAAAAUUGCAUUUGAGUGGUAAUUAUUUAGGAGGUGAACUGCCAUCGACAAUUUCGAAUCUUCAACAUCUCAUUAUGUUGGAUCUUUCAGAAAAUGAAUUCAGUGGUCAAAUCCCAUCUUCAUUGUUUGGUUUAACUCAACUUUCUUACGUGAGAUGUUCUCAUAAUAAAUUGCAGGGCCCUCUGCCCAAUAGAAUAGCAGGGUUUUCAAACUUAAUUACCUUAUUGUUGGAUGACAACUUACUGAAUGGAACAAUUCCUUCUUGGUGUUUAUCUUUGCCAUCUUUGAAGGAUUUACGUCUAUCAGGAAAUAAGUUCAUUGGGCUUAUUAGUGCAAAUAUAUCGAAUUCCUUAGAGAAUCUAGAUUUGUCCUACAACAAGCUACAGGGCAAUAUUCCAGCCACAUUUUUUAGCCUUGCAAACCUUACUGAAUUAGAUCUAUCAUCAAACAACUUGAGUGGGUCUGUUCACUUUCCAUUUUUCUCAAAGCUUCAAAAUUUGCAAUAUCUUUACCUUUCGCAGAAUGAGUUAACCCUAAAUUUCGAAUCCAAUGUCAACAACUAUAGUUUCUCUUACUUAAAGAGCUUGGACUUGUCUUUCAUGGGUUUAACUGAAUUUCCAAAAUUAUCAGGAAAAGUCCCAAAUUUGAGCUUUCUUGAUCUGUCCAAUAACAAAAUUCAUGGAAGAGUACCCAAUUGGUUACAUGAAAUGAGAUCAUUAUAUUUAUUGGACCUCUCUCACAACCGAUUGACACAAUCGUUGAAUCAAUUCUCAAGGAACCACCAACUCAAAGUCCUUUAUCUUAGUUUUAACUCGCUCAGUGGUGACAUCUCUUCCUCAAUUUGCAAUGCAAGUUCAAUUAGGAUACUCCAGGUCUCUCACAACAAGUUGACAGGCAUCAUUCCACAAUGCCUUGCUAACUCGUCAUCCCUUGAAGUUUUGGAUCUACAAUUGAACAAACUUCAUGGCACUUUGCCUACGUUUUCAAACAAUUGUGGGCUCAGAACGCUGGAUCUCUAUGGCAACCAAUUAGAAGGUUCUCUACCAGAAUCUUUGUCCAAUUGCACUCAUAUGGAGGAUUUGGAUCUUGGCAACAAUCAAUUAGAGGAUACCUUUCCCCAUUGGCUUCAAAGUCUACCAAAUUUGACAGUAUUGGUUUUGCGAGCCAAUAAGUUGUACGGUCCCAUUGCAAGUUUAAAAACCAAGCAUGGAUUUCCCAGUUUAGUUGUAUUUGAUAUCUCUUCCAACAACUUCAGUGGCCCAAUACCAAAAUCCUUGAUACAAAAUUUUGAAGCCAUGAAGGAUGUAGUUCAAGAUGACGGUUGGCAAUACAUUUCAACUUCUUUGACAGGUAGAAAAAUAUACACUGAUUCUGUGACUGUAACAACAAAAGCAAUCACUAUAACAAUGGAGAAGAUUCGGAAAGACUUUGUAAGCAUUGAUUUAUCCAAAAACAGAUUUGAAGGAGAGAUUCCAAAUGUGAUAGGAGAGCUUCACUCACUCAGAGGGUUCAACCUUUCUCAUAACAGAUUUAGUGGUCGUAUUCCCCAAUCCUUGGGAAAUUUGACAAACUUAGAGUCAUUAGAUCUGUCUUCAAAUAUGCUUACUGGUAACAUUCCUACCGAAUUAAACAAUUUGAACUUUUUGGAAGUCCUGAAUCUUUCCAAUAACCAUCUUGUUGGAGCAAUACCUCAAGGAGAACAGUUCAAUACAUUUUCUAAUGAUUCCUAUAAGGGAAACUCAGGGUUAUGUGGGCUCCCAUUGACAAGAAAAUGCAGCAAGGACCCUGAACAACAUUCUCUACCUUCACUGACUAUCAAAAGAGAACAAGGGUUUGAAUUUGGUUGGAAGCCAGUGGCUAUAGGAUAUGGAUGUGGAAUGGUAUUUGGAGUGGGAAUGGGAUGCUGUGUGUUGUUAAAAGGAAAGCCUCUAUGGCUUGUGAGAAUGGUUGCUUGA